CUGCCCCAGCCCGGCAGAAGCUGUGGAGGUCAACCGCCCGGAAGCCUGGUUCUCAGCCCAGCGGCCCACCCCUGGCUACAGGGGGGUGGAGGCGCCCACGAGGUAGCGGUGGCCUGCAGCGGCCCCCUCCCUGCAGCAAACCAUGGCACAGAAGCUCUCGGGGAGCCUCAAGUCGGUGGAAGUGCGAGAGCCAGCGCUGCGGCCGGCCAAGCGGGCGCGGGCGGCAGGCCCCGGGCGCCCCGCGCGCCUGGACCAGCUGCUGGACAUGCCGGCGGCGGGAAUGGCUGUGCAGCUGCGGCACGCGUGGAACCCGGAGGACCGUUCUCUCAAUGUCUUUGUCAAGGACGACGACCGGCUCACCUUCCACCGGCACCCGGUGGCCCAGAGCACUGACGGCAUCCGCGGCAAGGUGGGCCACGCCCGCGGCCUGCACGCCUGGCAGAUCCACUGGCCGGCUCGGCAGCGCGGCACCCACGCGGUAGUCGGCGUGGCCACGACUCGGGCGCCCCUGCACUCGGUGGGCUACACGGCCCUGGUGGGCAGUGACUCUGAGUCCUGGGGCUGGGACCUGGGCCGCAGCCGCCUCUACCAUGACGGUAAGAACCGGCCCGGGGUGGCCUACCCCGCCUUCCUGGGGCCCGAUGAGGCCUUUGCGCUGCCUGACUCGCUGCUGGUGGUGCUGGACAUGGAUGAGGGCACGCUGAGCUUCAUCGUGGACGGCCAGUACCUGGGUGUGGCCUUCCGUGGCCUCAAGGGCAAGAAGCUGUACCCGGUGGUGAGCGCCGUCUGGGGUCACUGCGAGGUCACCAUGCGCUACAUCAAUGGCCUUGACCCCGAGCCCCUGCCGCUGAUGGACCUGUGCCGGAGAGCCAUCCGCUCAGCCCUGGGCCGCCAGCGCCUGCAGGACAUCAGCUCCCUGCCCCUGCCUCAGUCUCUCAAAAACUACCUGCAGUACCAGUGAGCCCGGGAGCUGCGCCCACCGCCCCGCAGGGCCUGGCAUGCCUGUCAUUCACAGUCACAUGGAAUGCGCAGAGAGGGCCUUUGCUCCAUCCUGGUUCACAAGGACCUCCAGUUCUCUGAAAGGCCAGGGCAUGUUACCAGCUCGGGUUGUGGCUGUCUGACACCAGCUGUCAUUGCUGCCAGGAAGCAGCCCUCCCGAGACAGACACCUCCUUGGGAGCCACGGAGCCUGGAGCCUGCACCUGGCGAGGUCCCGCCUGCCGACCAGGACUGGACAGCCACCAAUACUGAUCCCAGAGCCUGCUUCCUUACUCAAGAGAAUGAAUAAAACAUUUGGGCAGAUUUUCUAUUGUGCGCCCUGUUGCCGAUAGGGCCAGGGGAAAACCGGCCAGGCAGGGAUAAGACUGCCUCUGAAUAACGAAAGAUGAAGGCCACCUGAGACCGGGACCCCACCCCUUGCCAGGGCAACAGGAUGGCCAUGACGUAGGACUUCAUGCCACUUUGAGAGAUUGUCCCCAGGGAUGCCCAUUGUGGACAAAGCAGCGUUCAGAGCCCCUCCAGCCCAGCUCUUGCAAGUUGCUUACUCACCCCUCCGGGGGCCUUCUCUCUGCUCAGGGAAGAGCCGCCCACUCAGCCCGGAACAGAGCAGGCCCUUGAGUAGCAGUUGCAUUUUAAAGGAAGAGUGAGAUGAGGGCAGUAGCCCACAGGUGCUCCUGGGGAGGGACGGGGCACUGGGACACCCACGUCUGCUGCCGUCCUCAGGCUGGAGACCCUUCCCUGAGUGCCCAGGGUCUCUGAGCACCCGUCUAUUCAGGGCGCAGCCUGGCUGUCACAAAGCUUUAUUGGAGCGAAUUAUUUUUUCACUUUAAGAGACUUCUGUGAGUUUGCUUUCUGUGUCCAAUGUGUGUGUGUGAUGUGCUGUUAUUUAUCAGCUUGGGGCCCAUGGGGGCAGCCUUGUAACUGGAAGGGUGGGUACGGGAGACGCCCCCCACCCGCCUGAGCCUGGGCCUCUCAUCAGAACACUGCUGCCACCACCACCACUUGGCAUCCUCGUGUGUUUUAGGUACUGUCCGUAUAGCUUGUUUUUACCUGCAAACUGUCACAGCAGUGAGACACCAGAGCCCCCGACGGCACCGCCUCCCCCCACAUUAAUGUGAACUUGACCGAUGAAU